CAUCGGAACUGCAUCGUAACUUGAGUCUCUGUCCGUAAUUGAGAUUCAGGACACUGCAUGAGCAGAGAAUGUAAGCUCAAAUGACAUCUGAUAUAAGCCCAAAUGUUCACAGUUAACCAUCUAAUUUCUGUUUAAACUUUAAAAAUUUUGUUGAAUAUCGUUUUAUGCUUCUUCCAACAAUUAUUCAUGGAAAACAGCAAUUAAUCGCGGAAAAGAAUAUUAUCAAGGGAGCGAAAUUUCAUUUUCAUGCAUUGAGUGCAGCUUUAAGAAAAAAUACAUCAGGAAAUGAGUUCGAAGUUUUGCUGGUUCUUUCUGUUCUCGGCCGGGGUAGCGGCGCUGCUGCUCAGUCACGUCCAAGGGGGAAUUGUAAAAAAGAGAUUCCAGAAGGUUGAUGUGAAGACGUUCUUCUCCUUGUGCAAGAUAUCAGACAACUACCGAGUGUACGACUCAACAUCACUCACACUCACGGAAUGCGCUGGACGUUGUUUGCUUAGUGAAACCUGCGUCUCGUACUGCUUCAGUUACGAACGAUCCAUGUGUGCCAUCACGUCGGUUUUUUCGGCCCACUGGUUUUCCGGGAUACCACCUGAUGCCACGACGGAGACUUACGACGUGUGUUACUCAUCCUGGACUUCAACUGAUAGCAUCAUUAGAGAUACGAUGAUCACGACCUCAAGUCCUCCUUACAAUUACGGUCGCCGUAGCAGAUUCUUCGUUGACGGAUUCUUCUGUCAGGCGAGCGGGUAUGAAGCUAGGCGUUUCGACGGUGCCUUCGGCGUUUACAACUACCUACAAGUUGACUUCGGGAAAAAUGUUCAGGUAGCCGAGAUACGAGUUGCACUUCGCUCUGAACCAGUAUAUUUUGAAUCCGUAACAGUGCGACUUGGUACUUCUUCUGUAGAAACAUCAAAUGCCGUGAUCGCUCAGCUGCCCACUGGAGUCACCCCUCUUGGGGAUUUGAGAAUCCAGUUGAAGCCGCCUGUCUUGGGGCGAUACAUCCACUUCAAAUCUGGCACUACAUACUACUUCUCAUUGGGUGAACUCCAAGUCAUACCUGAAAAUUAGUCGAUCUAUAAAAGGAACAUGCGAUCCUAUAGAAGUGUACGUAUACGUCCAUACGAUAUCUCCAAAGCGACCGCAGUCUGAACUCAAAGUCCUGAUCAGUUCCUCUAGCUACCGAGGAAAGAUUGAUGUAUCGAAAUAAUUAGAUUCCGAUAGUGCAUGGUCACACGUGUUGAGUAAAUUUCAAGAUUCUAAGGGAUUCGAAUAAAUUAAUCAAUUCGACUUUCAGGUCGACUGUUCGUAAUUUGGGUACAGGGGGAAAUCGCAAUCGCUCUGUGACAAUUCAUCGCAUCUACAAGUUCAGUAAAACUGUUAUCAAUAUCUGUGUCCACUGAUACAUAAUUAUCACAAUAAUGAAAAGAGCAGAAACCGGGUUUUCAUGAGUGAUAGUUAAGGUGUUUUAAAUCGCACACGUGUUGAUGCAGCAGCGUGAUCUUACAUCACACGCACCUACAUAUAAUGAAAAUAAGCUUUACGAUGAGUCUAUGCUAAAAUUUUCAAACAAGUGCUUUGAACUGUUGAGUUUGUUCGCUAACCUCAAAAUUGCUUCCAGUAAAAGCGGAAUAUCAGAUAAAUGCUAACUCAAUUUCAGAUUCAGAUUUGAA